AUGGAGGUUGACGGAGCUGCUCGUAAGGACGCCGGCGGCAGGACUCUCACCGGACUGGAGCGACAAACAGACGGAAAAUUUCCUCUGCCGAGAUAUAAGAGACGAGAGAGAGUGGAACGUGGGAGAAAAUCUCACGAAAUCCGAACAGUUUCUGAGAUGGUGAAGGAGAUGACCCGAAUUUUAGAGAAAAGAUUUUCUCAACCCUCUUCGUCGAUCCACCAUAGCCGCGCGACGUCUUCAUCAGAUUCUUGUCCGAUCAACCAUGGCCAUAGCCGUGAAGCCGCGAGUUCCGACCGCCGUGCAGCAAGGGAGAACCAGGGGUCCCGAACAAUAGCAACUCCUUCUCCCUCGGGCGACUCUGAAGCCAAGAGACGAGCCGUCGCCGACGAGCCUCCACUGCCGGGAUUUUCGAGAAAGGCAGACAUAAAUCGCUGCACCCAUCUCGGGAAUUUCGAAAAUCCGCUACAAAAUGUUCAGGAAUCAAUACGACACCGACGAGACGACGUGGUUGCCGGCGGGGCCGCUGUUCCAAGUGGAGUAUGCGAUGGAGGUGGUGAAGCAGAAGAGUUCGAGACGAUGGAAGAAAAAACUGGAAAUUGGAGACUGUGGGUGGGGGCCAUGAAUUAA